CAAAUAAAUAAAUAUAAUAUCAGAACAAAAAUGCCCGCUUCAAAUACAAUUGUUUUGAAAAGUUUAUCCAUACUUUUGGGUUUAUUUUUCGUUUUUGUGGGUACACUGAAGUUAACGCCUCACAUCAGUAAGGAUUUAUACAAGGAUUUGCGAACAGAAUAUGUCAAAUAUGCUAAAGUAUUUCCCCUGACGGCUCUGUUUGGUGUAAAAAUUCCCUCAAAAUGGUAUCGACGUUCCGUUGGUGUACUGGAAAUUGUAUGUGGUUUGGCCAUGGCGCUUAUUCCAUACCAUAAAGUUAAGAAUGCUGCCAAUAUAACACUCUUAGUAUUAAUGCUACUUGGCAUUUAUCAACAUUGGAUGGUUAGUGAUCCGUUUGAACGUUCCGGACCAGCGUUGGUCUUUACAUUUAUGUUGGGUGGACGCUUGGUUGUAUGGUAUCAGACUAGCCGCAAAGAAGCCGAACAAAUUGCCCAAGCCCAAGCACAAACAAAUGGUGUCAAACAGGAUUAGAAAAUUAAGUAAUACAUUUUGAUACAAU